CAGCCAUUUCAUUUGUUUAUUUGAUGCGUGAUAGAUUCGAAAAAUAAAAAAUGAAGAACCAUUUGCAAGAGUUUUUCACAGUUUUCAGUAUUUUCAUAAUUGUGCUCGUUCACGUGGUUACUUGCUGCGAAAGACCUCUGGAAGUUAGAGGUGUUGAAGAUUAUUGCUGGUCCAAAGAAGUGGAAGUCGGUGAACGAAUACAACGUGUUGAGAAAAAAGUUGUGAAUUUUGCCAAGAGAAAAUUAGGCAUGGAUGUUGAUGAACCAAGCGAACCUCAAAAAUGUAAUUAUUAUUACUGCGUAUUCAAAGAGUUGAAAUUGUUGAACCAACAAUAUGAUGUGCCUUGCAUUGACAAAACAACCGACUGGGUUAAAAGGAAUGUAAUAUAUGAACAAGCUCUAGUUCUACUCGACAGAAUUGAAAUGUGUACUGGGGAACUGGCAAAUUCAACAUUGUCAGGUUAUUCCUUCAAGGCCGAUAAUGUUGAUAAAUCCCCUGAAGAUCAUGUAACUGACAGUCCCUCGGAACCUCAAAGUAAAUGUGAAAUUUCCGCUGAAUACAUGAAGUGUCUGUCAUAUGUCGAGAGGGAGCAACAA